UUAUCUUGCAUCCGUGAAGAGGGAUGGCAGCCCCACUGGAAACUCGCGGUGUAGAAUGAGCAGGCAGCGAAGAGGAGACGUAGAACGCAGUCAGCUGCCAUUUCGACACCGCAGCUCCAGCCCUCCAUUUUAUUUUUAAUUCUUCAUUGUCCCGGCUCUCCCUUUCCUAGGGGGUUCGGAUUCUCUCUGUCUGCCCACCCCUACCCUUUCGCUAUUCCCCUAGCCCAGAGGGCCCCCCCACUCAACACACACACACACACAACACACACACACACACACACACACACACACACACACACCCUCUAACACACACACCCCCACGUUCGCCACCACCACCACCACCACCCCCCCUUUCCCAAGCAGCCGUUUGCAACUCAAUGGACUGAUUUCUUGGGUUUCACUGACUCACGCCUUCCCCAAGAUGAGAAAUUGCAAAAUGGCCCGGGUGGUUAGUGCACUGGGUCUGGUCAUGUUCAGCGUCGCCUUGCUGAUUUUUUGUCUGAUUAGCUAUGUGUCCUUGAAAAAGGAUAACAUCUUCACCACUCCCAAGUACGCCAGCCCGAGGGUGCCCCGAAUGUAUAUGUUCCACGCGGGAUUUAGGUCACAAUUUGCACUGAAGUUUCUAGACCCAUCAUUUGUACCCAUUACGAAUUCUCUGACCCAGGAACUCCAGGAGAAACCUUCUAAGUGGACAUUUAACCGGACAGCAUUUUUACGUCAAAGGAAAGAGAUUCUUCAACAUGUCGAUGUAAUAAAAAAUUUUUCUUUGACCAAGAAUAGUGUUCGGAUUGGACAGCUGAUGCACUAUGAUUAUUCCAGCCAUAAAUAUGUUUUUUCUAUUAGCAAUAACUUCCGAUCACUGCUUCCAGAUGUGUCACCCAUUAUGAAUAAGCAUUAUAAUAUUUGUACUGUGGUUGGAAAUAGUGGGAUCCUGACAGGGAGCCAAUGUGGACAAGAAAUAGAUAAAUCUGAUUUUGUUUUCCGUUGCAAUUUUGCCCCCACUGAGGCAUUCCAAAAAGAUGUUGGCAGGAAAACCAACCUUACCACCUUCAACCCUAGCAUUCUGGAAAAGUAUUACAACAAUCUUUUGACCAUUCAGGAUCGUAACAACUUUUUCCUCAGUUUAAAAAAGCUUGAUGGGGCCAUCCUCUGGAUCCCUGCAUUUUUCUUCCAUACUUCAACAACUGUCACCAGGACACUAGUUGAUUUUUUUGUCGAGCACAGAGGUCAGUUAAAGGUCCAAUUGGCUUGGCCUGGAAAUAUAAUGCAACACGUCAACAGGUACUGGAAAAACAAACGGUUGACACCCAAACGGCUGAGCACAGGUAUUCUUAUGUACACCCUUGCAUCUGCAAUGUGUGAAGAGAUCCACUUGUAUGGAUUUUGGCCAUUUGGAUUUGACCCCAACACUCGGGAAGACCUUCCUUACCAUUACUAUGACAAAAAAGGAACCAAAUUUACGACCAAGUGGCAGGAGUCCCACCAGCUUCCUGCCGAGUUUCAGCUACUAUACAGAAUGCAUGAGGAGGGACUGACCAAACUGACUUUGUCACAUUGUGCCUAAGAACUUCAAACUCGAAGUGCCAAAUGAUUGUUUUAAAAGUGCCCCAAACCAAAUUGAAUAUUCUUCAAAAGUAAAGCCCUUUUAGGGUCAUAUGUUUACUAAAACUAUUUUCCACAGCUUAAAAAGUCAAGAUGUUCUCUAUUGCCCUGCCCACUGGUCUGCAAGGGUCUUAGCACAUUUAGCAAGGCCAACAAAAACUCCACUUUUUUGAGCUGUAAGAACCUUUAAGGAAUUGAUGAAAGAAAUUUUACAUUUAUAGCUAUGCUAUUAAAUAUAUGUUUUAAAGUAUUUUCAUAUUGAUAUUUUAGCAGCAGAGAAACUGCUGUCUAUUUUGAGCAUUCCGUGCUAAGUAGAACUAGAAACAAGGCACCUAAGGAUAGAUUUGAAAAUGGCCCCCUUCACUCCUUCACUAGAGAAUCCCAGCCCCCUACCACCAUUCCCCAGGUUAUUUUCUACCAGAGACUUGGAACUGUCAGGGUGAUACAUGGGAUUACUUUACAGAAAAUAAACACUUGCAUAUCAUGGAGAGCAGAAUUUUCUGUGAUUCCAAGUAUGUGCAUAUAUUUAAAAACUAGUACUAAAAAAUUUGCCUUGGUGCCCCUUCUUUCCCUUCAUAUAUCCUCCUAGGUGGCCCCCUUUCUUACCUGGAGUCCGAGUUCUGUAUCAUAUUAUUGUGGCUAAUUUAAGAGGGAUCUCUGUUUAACAUUAUGUUCAGACUCUUUAAAUUGGUAAUAGAGAAAAGACUGAUUUCCAUAGCCUACCUACUUCCCUCUCUCUCUUUGCUGUGUGGGAUUUUCUUUUGGUUAUUUAAUUGCCUUUUCCACUGUGGGUUGGUGUUUGCUUGAUGCAUUCAUGACAUUGAGUAACUUUGAUGCUUUCAUCCAGUUUCUUUUCAAACUGAAUAAAUUGUAAUACAUUUAUGUUACCUUAUUUUUCUACAGAAAACAUCCCUUGCCAGAUGCUCAUGAGCUGGGCUCCCCUGCAGGUUAGAUCAUGAGCUCUGAAUCUAUGGGGACACAUAGUAUGUCUCUCACUAUUUAUUACACAGGAAGCUAAAGACAUGAGUGGCUUCGUGUACUUGGUAGGCCACUAGCAUAAUGACAAUUGAUUUUGUUAGAGACCAAGGGUAUUUGAACCUUGGCACCAUUCACCAUCCUUUAAGCCAAACUGGAUAGUGGUUCUGAGAGGUUCUCAGAAUACAGUCACUGUUAUUUUUGGAAUUUAAGCCAUCUGAGAGAUGGAAGAUUAUUUUUAGCACAGAAUUGGUCUAAUGAGUCUGUCUUUGUCACACAAACUGCCCUCUUCAGAGGCUACACAAGGCCAUUAAGAUGAUAUUCUCUAGAACAAGCAAUGUUGGAGAGUGGGAGAGUGGGAGACCCUUUUUAGACUGUCUACUGCCUCUCCCAAGGCCACCUCAGACCUGGACCCUGAAUAUGCAGUGUUCAAAUUUGUGUCAGGUCUAUGGGCUCUAGUUGACAAUUUUUCCAUGUCUAUUGUAUCAAAGGUGACUGUUUUGUUCCAAAAGAAGUGUGGAUUCCUGACCUUUCUUUACCAAGUGAAUUCUGGGUCUUAUAUUCUUCUUUCCAAUAGGUCCAAGUCAAAUACAUUAUAUCUACAAUUUACGAGUCCUUCAGGAGGAAAAACAGUUGAGCAAUUUGGGCAAUCCCAGGGUCUUGGACAAAAUUAUCUUCUAUGUGAAGCUGUAUAGACCCUACCAUGAGGGCAUGGCUCUGGCCCUUCCAUUUUUCAUUAUUUCUAAUGCAGGCAUAGAAAUCACCAUUACUGUAGAUCAUUGGUUUCUUCCUGAAUGGUUCUUUGUUCUUGUAGUCUGGAUAGCAGUCUGGCCAAGUGAUAGUUAAAUUUUAAUAUGACAUUUCUUCUUUCUUUCUAAAUGCCAAUCAAGCACAUUUAUAAUCUGUAUGGGGGAGACAGCUCACUCUUUCCCAUAAAUCACAUCUAAAUUUUUUGCAUUCCCUAGUCUACAAUGUUACAAAUGUGAUUCAAAAAUAAUUGCUGAGAUGGGAGAAUCAAAUCAGGGCUCCUCUUUGAUGUGUAGAUUAUAUCUAAAAAGAACACUAAGUUAAGUUAUGAAAGAUACUGCACACACACUGCCUGAGCCUAAAGAGAUAGGCUAUUUGGGUUUUGUCAUCCAGAGAACUACCCAAACUCAUUACGAUCAGAGCUUUUUCGCUCAAGUCAGAAAUUAACCAGUGGAAAAUCAGAGAGAUUAGUAUAUGUCUGAGAAGAAGAUGACUUCACUGAGGGCAAUAUACCUAUAACUAUAAUUACAACUAUAUCUGUAACUAUAUAAGUAUAUAUGUGUGUAUAUGUAUAUACAUGUGUGUACACAUAUGCAUAUAUUUGCAUAAUAUAAUAAUUUUAUUACAAAGACAGUAUGAAUGACAAUCACCUGACUGGAUGAGAAAAAAGAUGGUUAGAUGUUUCAGAAUAAGAAGUAACAACAACACAACUUUCACUGAAAGAAUAUUCAUGUUAUUUUUUAAUUCUCCCCUACAAUUUGAUGAGCUAUAAAACUAUUUCAGGAAUGUGGCAGAGAUUUAGCCUGUUCUUCAGCUGUCCUAUUCAAUUUGCUGUGCCCCUAACUAAAUUCUAUGGGCCAAGUUUCUACUGUGCAGUAGACUUUUCCUGCAUUCCAAAUAGCACAGUACAUGGAUUAGGCAAGAGGUUUAUUUCUCAUAUAGGCCAGAAGAUUUGGAACCUGAAGCUUUGAACCCCAAUAUGGCUAUUAGAUGUUUUAUCCAAGCUUAAACUACAUAAAUGCAAAAAACCACACCAGUCAGAAUAGUAAAGAAUCUAACCGACUGAUCAAUUGACAAGCAUUGUAGAGUGGAUAUUUAAAUGUUUUAAAGGACUUACUAUGGGGAAAAUAUAAAAUGUUCUACAAGACUCUGAAAAAGUUCAUUUCAAUCCUGGCCCCCGUCACACUCUCAAAUUAAGCUACUGAAGGAACUCUUUCUGAUGCCAUUUUAUCAAUUUAACUAGAAGGCAAAAUAUUGAUGGAAAGGCUUUUGUUGUUUAGUCAUUUUCCAGUUGUAUUCAACUCUUCAUGACCCUUUUUGGGGUUUUCUUGGCA